CAGUGGGACUUUUUUCUUCUCCCGUACCAGACGAAGGGGCGGAAACGAUAGAUUUCACUGUAGUCAAACUAGCGGAUAUUAAGACAACAAAUCAAUACUAACAGCAAUAUAAUUGCUGUGCAACUGCGUAGCAGAGGCUACCGCAUUGUUUUAUUUCGUUUCGGAGUGGAACUUUAAAAAAUUUAAUUGUAAGUCAUCGGAACCUGCUGGUCCCCAGAUGAGUAUGAGCCUGACUACAGAACCCCCUAACGAUGCUCCCACUGUUACAGAAGAGAACAAAAUGACCACCACGCCAGAGAAGAAGGAGAAGAAGCCAGAUGAGGUGGCAGCAGCAGCAGCAGAGGAAGAGGAGGAAGAGGAAGAAUAUGUGGUGGAAAAAGUGCUGAAUCGGCGGGUGGUCAAAGGGAGAGUAGAGUAUCUUCUCAAGUGGAAAGGCUUCUCGAAUGAAGACAACACGUGGGAGCCGGAGGACAACCUGGACUGUCCAGAUUUGAUCGCAGAGUUUCUGCAGUCCCAGAAAACAGCACACGAAGGAAAGAGGAAGGCAGAAGCAGACGGAGACGAAAGCAAAUCAAAGAAGAAGAAAGACGAUACAGAGAAGCUAAGGGGCUUUGCUCGAGGUCUGGAUCCAGAGCGGAUUAUUGGCGCCACAGAUUCCACAGGAGAGCUCAUGUUCCUCAUGAAAUGGAAAAACUCAGACGAAGCAGACCUCGUGCCGGCAAAGGAGGCUAACGUGAAAUGUCCGCAGGUUGUCAUCUCGUUCUAUGAAGAAAGACUCACCUGGCACUCGUAUCCGACUGAAGAUGAGAAGAAAGAAGACAAGAACUAACGCAGGGUGGAGGGGGGAGAGAGUCUGUAGUUUUCAAUGUACUUUGGAUGGGAGGGGGUCGGGAAGGGAGCGGAGACGAGCAAGACGCCAUUUGACUGAUUUGUCUCUGGUGAUUUAUCACUCAUUUGACUUUUAUCUGGAUAUCAUAAACUGUAAAUAUGCUUCAAGUUUGCCCAAAAGAACUUUAAAAUCAGUGUUAAUUUCAGCAUCAGUUUCUGGAAACUUUCAGUACAGCGCUCCGUCAUCUUGCUGUGAAAUCAGUUCAGUGAGGUGAUUUAUCUUUUUAGUGUGCCAUUUUAUUUUUUACUUGGUGCUUUUUCAGCAGAACUGUGUCCAUUUUAGCUGUUUUCUUAGGACUUGUCAUGUGUUCAGUUCAGACAACUUAAUUAAUCCCCGAAGGGCAAUUCAGUUACAUUCAGUGUACAGUUAUGAACUCUUUUCAAUGAUUAGUUUGGCCAUUUGUAAUCUUUGUAGUGUUUUUCAUUAUUCUGUCUUGCUUGUGGGUUUUUGGAGAAUAAACCACUUUUUGUUA